UACGAUAAUAGAAAACAGCUGCUUGCCACCGACACGACCACCGACAAUAUGAUAGAGCUCGACAAGAUUCUUGAGAAGUGUGGCGAUCGUCAUCGUUUACAGGCGAUCAUGUUGUUGCUCUUUUGCGUCAUCAAUCUGCUCUCGGCCAUGCAUUAUUACUCGCAAACGAUUAUCAGUUUUGUGCCCAAGUAUUGGUGUGCUGAAGAUUUGCUACCAUCUGAAGGUUAUAAACCUUCCGCUCCCACCCAAUCUUCUUGUAUUUCGCUUCGAAAUAAUUCAUCACAAAGUUGUUCACAAUUCCACUAUGAUUACUAUAUGGGCUAUGAAAGUCUGACCAGUGAAUUAAAUUGGAUUUGUGAUAAUGCCUGGAAAUCCACCUUGGGUCAAAGUAUGUUCUUUGUUGGCUCCGUUGUGGGUAGCUUGGUAUUUGGUAUUCUGGCGGAUAUUGUGGGUCGCUUACCAAUUUUAAUAAUUGCCAAUGCGGUGGCAAUGCUUGGAAAUGUCCUGACCAUAUUUGGAACUGAUUUGGUUACAUUUUCAUUCUUUAGAUUUAUAUCGGGACUGGCCACCGAUAGCAAUUUUGUUAUGAUGUAUAUUUUGGUUAUGGAGUAUUUAUGCCCUUCACUGCGCACCAUCGGCCUCAGCAUCUGUAUUGGUUUCUUUUAUUGCCUAGGAUCAAUUGCCGCACCUUGGAUAGCCGUUCUAAUGCAAUCGUGGCGUGGAUUCCUUUUGGCCACCUCCAUACCCUUUCUGUUGGUGCCACUCUUCUAUUUCAUUGUACCCGAAAGUGUUCAAUGGUUGAUCUCUAAGCAAAAAUACGAUCAGGCUGUGGAGUGUUUAAAACGUGUGGCCAAAAUAAAUGGUAAAGUGGUAGAUGAGGCGGCUUUUGUCGACUUCGUCGAAGAGUGCAAACGUAGCCAAAUGCAACAGCCCAAAGCCAAAGUGGAACCGAAUCUGUUGGGUUUAUUUGCCAGCCCACGUCUCAGGCGUAAUACUUUGAUAUUAUUUUUCAAAUCUAUGGUGAUCACAUUGUGCUACGAUGCUGUCUCACGUAACGUACAAGGUCUUGGCAUUUCACCAUUUGUCAUGUUUUCAUUGAGUGCCACAGCCAUUUUGCCAGCCUGUCUACUUCUAAUUGCUCUGCAAGAUCGUAUCGGUCGCAAAGCCAUGGCAUCAAUGUCUUUGCUACUGAGUGGCAUAUUCAUUUCGACAACGGGAGCGCUGCUAUUCCAAAGUUCGGAAUCGUCUAGUGAUCAGAAUGUCACAUUGGUGGUAAUCCUCUCGGUAAUCGGACGUUUUGGCGUUACGGUGGCCUAUAACUCUGGCGCCCAAUAUGCGACCGAGUUAAUACCAACUUGCGUACGCGGACAAGGUGUAGCCGCAGUACAUGUUAUGGGUUACGGUUUUACUUUCUUUAGCUCAUAUAUUUUACAUACACGGCAAUAUUUCUCACCAUUGCCGGAGAUAAUUUUGGGUUUCAUAUCGUUGGUGGGUGCAGGACUGUGCCUACUGUUACCAGAGACAUUAAAUAGAACACUUCCGACAACCCUCAAGGAUGGUGAAAAUUUUGGUAAAAAUGAUCGCUGGUUUAUGUUCAGUUUUAUGGAGAAACGUACCUUAUCGGUGGAUACUUUGACGACGUCCACCACUCCCAGUACACAUCCGGAUAGCAGUGCAUAUUUUUAA